ACAUCUGUGAAGUUUCUCCAUAUAAAGCGGCACACAGCUAGUGGAGCUGCCCUGCCGCGCGUUUGAUGACAGCAAACUGAACCGUGAGCAACUGAUGAAUUAUGAACAAACCACCAGUAUGUCUUUGCAGCAACAAAGUGCUGUUUCCUAAAGUAGUGUGUGCAAGUGAUCAAGUUAAACAAUUAACCCCCAAGAUACACAAUGGAGUCUCUACCUGCCGUAAAACGCGCUACGUACGCACUGUACUGUCGUUGCAGCAAGUUGUCAUAAAAAUCCAGCACCGUAACGCUAGAGGUCGCGUGUGUAGAGACUACAAAUCCCAAUUGUCUUUGCGGUUCGGUGCUGGAAUUGGUGGUCUGAGAAAAAGAGACGGCUGAAAUGGCUUUCGUUCAAAAGAAUCCGAAGGAGGAAAUGGUUGCUCAGUUUCUCGAUUCAGCUGCUAAGGGAGAUGUGGCCAGAGUAUCUUCAGUGAUUUCUCAAUCAGAUAUCCUGAUUAAUGAAUCUGAUGAGAGAGGCUGGACUGCAUUGAUGCUUGGUGCUCGGAAUGGACAUUUUGAUGUUGUGAAGAAUCUGUUGGAAAGGGGGUGUGACAGAGCUUCUGUAAAUAAAUCUGGUCAAACUGCACUUGAUAUUGCAAAAUUUUGGGGGCAUAAACAUAUUGCUAAUUUAUUGGCCAAUACUAAAAGUGGAGACAGACCUGUGUUUCUUCCUGGUGCUGCUGAGGAGCAUGAAAACUAUUUCUGUAGAACCUUCCUAAACAGAAUGAGUGAGAAGAGGACAGACUCCGAGUGGCUAAAAGCCAAGCAGCUUCACUCAACCACAGUGUACAUUCUCUUCUCUAGUCUAAGCCCAUUAGUUACUUCAUCCGGAGACAAGGAUCACUCCAGUAAACCACAUGUUCGGCUUUGUAGGUUCGGAAGAGAGGCUGUAGAAGAACUUUUGGGUAAACCUGAAGCCAUUUUGAUUUUCCUUGGGAUUGAGAUGCAAAAAACAAAUGUAGGUUCUUUGAAAGAAAGUGUGCUAAAUGGUGAAGAUGGGCUGAUUGCUUGGUUUGCCUUAAGUGUAGAGGACCUUCCUGUAGCAAAAUUUAAACUCAAAUAUCCUGACUGCUGCCUCAUUCAAGCACCCAUGCCUGGUCUUCUGCAGCUAACCGAGGAGGAAGCAGGUGUUACUGCACAGGCAAGGUCAGUUUUUGCCUGGCACAGCAGAUACAGCUUCUGCCCUACAUGUGGGAGUGGAACUAAAGUCAGAGAGGGUGGUUACAAGAGGUCUUGUUUGAAAGAAGGUUGCAAGAGUCUCCAAGGCAUCCACAAUACAUCCUAUCCUCGAGUUGAUCCAGUUGUUAUAAUGUUGGUCAUCCACCCUGAUGGGAAUCAGUGCCUUUUGGGCAGAAAGAAAGUCUUCCCUGCUGGGAUGUUCUCUUGUCUUGCUGGGUUCAUUGAGCCAGGAGAGACCAUUGAGGAUGCAGUGAGGAGAGAGGUGGAUGAAGAGAGUGGAGUCAAGGUUAGCCAUGUGCAGUAUGUCUCCUGUCAGCCGUGGCCAAUGCCUUCCUCUCUUAUGAUUGGCUGCCUGACUGAAGCUGUAACAACAGAAAUUAAAGUGGACGAGAAUGAAAUAGAAGAAGCCCGUUGGUUCACAAGACAGCAGGUUGCAGAAGCUCUUGGAAAAAACAGCCAGCAACCCUUCUUUGUGCCACCACGACAAGCUAUUGCACAUCAACUAAUAAAGCACUGGAUUGGCUUAAACGCAAACCUUUGAACUUCAAACAGACACAUUGCUUUCUCUGACUGCUGUUGUGGAUGACACUAAUAACCUUGCUGGUGCAGGAUUCAAUUAUAUUGCUUACGUUUUUAAGGAAGGAAGAAUAGUUCAUAGUAAAAAUCAAUGUGGUCUUUGAUCGAAAGACAUGAAAUAGACGUAUUUUUGUGUUGAAAUGACAACACCUUGAAUGUAGUUCUGUACAGUAAAGUAAAAUUUUACAAUUUUGAUGGAUGAAUUUGAAAAACAACAAUUAGAAAACAUGCACAAAGACAGACAAUAAGAUUGAAUUGAAUAUAUCAACUGCUAUAUACCUUGACCUGAUUACACAAUUUAAAAGCAUGUAAGAAUUAUACCGAAAAACCUUCACCUUUUUUAAUUUUAGUAAAAAAUAUAUUUUACAGUCAUAGUUAUCAGAAAACUCUAGUUUGGAAGGUCACUUUUUUGUUGUAGAUCGAGACAUUUUCUUCAAUAUUCUUAUGAAGCUAUGAAUUUACAAAUGUACUGUAUGCAAAGCUUUUUUUUUUCCUUUGACCAUUUUCUGAAUUUUUCUGCAUACACCAAAUGCAUCUUGUUGCAGUAAACAUAUACAGAUUGUA